AUGCCGGAAGAAGCGAAAGGUAGAUCCCAAUACAGCAGGUGUAUCUGGGAAGUCUGCGCUUCGUACAAAGGCUUUGCAAUUCUGGAGGCCCCCUCUCUGUGCGCAGGAGCAUCAGACUCCCUUGAUGGGACUCUGAUGUGUCUCAUGUGUUGUCGCAACUUCUGGACAGACAUCGCUCAUUUAAGUAUUGUUUCUUACUUUUUCUGGGUGGGCGUCAUGUACUUCACUGGUGCCACCAUCCUCCUCACAGGGUAUACAUACUGCGCGCCACGCGUGAGCAAGGAGAUCGCCUGCCCCAUGACAUCUUCUGUAUAUGUCUUUGUGGCACUGUGGCUGCUUCAAUCCAUUAUCUUCUUCUUCACAUGCUGGGCAUACUCUACUGUCAUCGUCACAGCAGAGGACGAUUCUGAAAAUUCCAUGUUUCACCGUCCCAAUACCUUCAUGACCAUUAUUGGCUUCUUUGUGAAGACAGUCCCCACUUGGAUCAGACUGGCACACGUGUUUAACUGCUGCCAGCUCGGUGUGUGGACACUUGACCUGCUCAUUUUACCAGACUGCAACGCCUCAGGACUUAGAUGGAUCGUCGCAAUAGUGUCCUUAUUGUGGUGGGCUGUAGUUGCCAUUGGGGCCCGUGCAAAGAAGAAAAUCGUUGUCCCUGCCUACCUCUACGAUCCUCUCCGACCAGGGCAAGGUGUUUUUAGGGAGAUGCGGCAUCUCUUGCGGGGGUUUGGACCUUAA